AUGGAGAAUAACGCACCUGGAGCCUUGCUCAGUUCACUCACUGCGUUUGACCCUGACCUCCAUGAAAACCAGUAUCUAGUUUAUUUCAUCCUAGAGAAGGAGAUAGCCAACACCUCCAUGUCCAUGCUGUUCUCCAUCAAUCCAGAGAACGGCAAUCUUUACGCACUAAAAACUUUUGACUAUGAGAUCGAGAAGGAGUUUCUUUUCCACAUCGAGGCCAGAGACUCUGGCUCUCCUCCACUCAGCAGUAACGUGACGGUCCACAUCAUCAUUGUGGACCAGAACGACAACGCUCCGGUUAUUGUCUCUCCGUGGCGCGCGCACGGCUCAGUGGUGGAGGAGAAGAUCCCCAGAUCCACCGAUAAAGGCUCUCUGGUUGCCAAGGUGAUAGCCUUGGACACCGACUCGGUGCACAACUCUCGGAUUACCUACCAGUUUCUACAGGUGACUGACGCCACCUUGUUCAGUCUGGACCAGUACAACGGAGAGAUCCGGACUAUGAGGAUGUUCAGUUACAGAGAUCCACGCCACCAGAGACUGGUUGUUAUUGCCAAGGACAAUGGGGAGCCCGCUCUCUCUGCUACAGUCACCAUCAAGCUGUCCACAGUGGAGACCGCCGUUAAGGCCUACUCUGACAUGACUGAGGUGCCUCUAGAAUAUGACAUCUUCUCAGACCUCAACCUGUAUCUGGUCAUCGGUCUGGGCUCGGUGUCAUUUCUCCUGCUCAUCACCAUACUGGUCACCAUCGUGCUCAAGUGUCAGAAACCCAAGCCCAGCAAAGCGGCUCCUCCCUGCAGGAACAGUGUGAUCAGUGAGAGGAACUCCACCAUCGCAGAUUCCACUCUGGUCUCCAACGAUGCCUACUGGUACAGUCUGUUUCUAGCAGAGACCAGGAAAGGAAAGAUGGUGGUGAGACAGCCAGUGCCAAAGGGCUCCAGAUACAUCGUGUCCAGUUUACCAAGAGGCACAGGACUGACAGACACUAGUGGCUCUGCAGCAUCCACUCUGCAGUCUUGGAAAAGGUAUGUGCUGCUCGCUGUUCUUGUUCUUUUUUCCUUCGUUCACAACAUAUCGACUUCAGUGACUCAUUAUUCAAUACCGGAGGAGAUGAAAGAAGGAUCUGUUGUUGCUAAUCUUGCUACCGAUCUCAGCCUGGAUGUUAAAACACUGAAUCAGAGGAAGAUGCGUCUGGACAUCAUUGAAAAUAAGAAAUAUCUGGAUGUGAACAAAGAGACUGGUGAACUGUAUAUUGUUGACAAGAUUGACAGGGAAAACAUUUGUCCUACCAAGUCUUCAGCGUCUUGUUAUCUCAAACUGGAAGUAAUACUAGAAAACCCAGUACGCAUAUUUAUUAUAGAAGUAGAAAUUUUGGAUAUGAACGACAACGCCCCUCAAUUUCGAAGAGACGUCAUACAUUUAGAUAUAUCUGAAGCAACGCCAAAAGGAGAGAGAUUCUCUCUCAGUAAUGCAGUUGAUCCUGAUGUUGGAAGCAAUUCAGUGAAAACGUACCAUCUGAGUGAAAGUGACCAUUUUAAUAUUGAAGUUCAGACUGGAAGAGAUGGGUCAAAGUUUGCCGAAUUAAUCUUAACAAAGGCCUUAGACAGAGAGCAGCAGGCUGUUCAUAAUUUAAUACUCACAGCUGUAGAUGGAGGCACACCUGCUCGAUCUGGCACUGCAAGUGUUAUUGUUCGCGUUUUGGACACAAAUGACAAUGCUCCAACUUUUGACAAAUUGAGUUAUAACAUAAAAAUAAUAGAAAAUUCUCCUAUUGGAAGUCUUGUUGUUCAUCUUAAUGCAACAGAUUUAGAUGAGGGAUCAAAUUCUGAUAUAACAUAUUCAUAUAGUUUAUAUACAUCAGAGAAAACACAGGAAACAUUUAAUCUGAAUCCUUCCACUGGUGAAAUUACUGUUAAAGGAAUGUUAAACUAUGAGGAUUUCAGGAUUUAUGAUAUGGAAGUUAUAGCAACUGAUAAAGGAGACAAUAGUUUAUCAAGUCAAUGUACUGUUAAAAUUCUGGUUGAAGACAUGAAUGACAACCACCCAGAAAUAUCUAUUAGAUCAUUUCAGAGUCCAGUCAAUGAAAACAUAGAAUUAGACACAGUGAUAGCUGUAGUUAGUGUCAGUGAUAAAGACUCAGGAGACAAUGGAGUGGUUGAUCUUCACAUUCCAGAUAAUAUGCCUUUCAAACUGAGGGAGUCCUCUGAUAACUAUUAUGAAUUAGUAGUGUCAGAACCAUUAGACCGUGAGAAGGUUCCAGAAUAUGACGUCACGUUCACUGUGACAGACAGAGGUUCUCCUCCUUUAUCUGACAAUGAAACUAUGACGUUAGAGCUGCUGGAUGUUAAUGACAAUGUUCCACAGUUCCCUCAGUCAUUUUAUACUAUACGUGUAAUGGAGAAUAACGCACCUGGAGCCUUGCUCAGUUCACUCACUGCGUUUGACCCUGACCUCCAUGAAAACCAGUAUCUAGUUUAUUUCAUCCUAGAGAAGGAGAUAGCCAACACCUCCAUGUCCAUGCUGUUCUCCAUCAAUCCAGAGAACGGCAAUCUUUACGCACUAAAAACUUUUGACUAUGAGAUCGAGAAGGAGUUUCUUUUCCACAUCGAGGCCAGAGACUCUGGCUCUCCUCCACUCAGCAGUAACGUGACGGUCCACAUCAUCAUUGUGGACCAGAACGACAACGCUCCGGUUAUUGUCUCUCCGUGGCGCGCGCACGGCUCAGUGGUGGAGGAGAAGAUCCCCAGAUCCACCGAUAAAGGCUCUCUGGUUUCCAAGGUGAUAGCCUUGGACACCGACUCGGUGCACAACUCUCGGAUUACCUACCAGUUUCUGCAGGUGACUGACGCCACCUUGUUCAGUCUGGACCAGUACAACGGAGAGAUCCGGACUAUGAGGAUGUUCAGUUACAGAGAUCCACGUCACCAGAGACUGGUUGUUGUUGCCAAGGACAAUGGGGAGCCCGCUCUCUCUGCUACAGUCACCAUCAAGCUGUCCACAGUGGAGACCGCCGUUAAGGCCUACUCUGACAUGACUGAGGUGCCUCUAGAAUAUGACAUCUUCUCAGACCUCAACCUGUAUCUGGUCAUCGGUCUGGGCUCGGUGUCAUUUCUCCUGCUCAUCACCAUACUGGUCACCAUCGUGCUCAAGUGUCAGAAACCCAAGCCCAGCAAAGCGGCUCCUCCCUGCAGGAACAGUGUGAUCAGUGAGAGGAACUCCACCAUCGCAGAUUCCACUCUGGUCUCCAACGAUGCCUACUGGUACAGUCUGUUUCUAGCAGAGACCAGGAAAGGAAAGAUGGUGGUGAGACAGCCUGUGCCAAAGGGCUCCAGAUACAUCGUGUCCAGUUUACCAAGAGGCACAGGACUGACAGACACUAGUGGCUCAGCAGCUUCAACUCUGCAGGUAAGAAUCCAAUUUGCACAUUUGUUUUUAUAUUUAUCAUUUAUCAAUAUUGAGUGGCAUUUCGUUUUACACUAUCGAAUUUUUGAGGUCGUUAUGCUUCAAUAAUUAAUCUAUUGAAUAGUGUAAAUAAAUCUGAUUAAUCUUGUCAGGGAUACUGAAUUUAAACUCACUUUGACGCCAAUAAACUUUUCCUUAAAGUAUAUAAUCUUAUAAGCAGUUAAAAGAGUCUCAUAAAACCUAUAAGGU